GCGGGCUGCGCGGUCGCUUUAAGGAGGCGCCGGGGUGGGGACGGGCCAGAGAGGCCGGCGGGCCAGGAGCCAUCAGUCCGGCUGGAGCAUGAAGGAGGCGACCUGAGUGCCAGAGCCCAGCCGGGGCUGGAGCGUGCGGUCUGAUCCACCAGAAACAUGGCAACCAGCGCUGUCCCCAGUGACAACCUCCCCACGUACAAGCUGGUGGUGGUGGGGGAUGGGGGUGUGGGCAAGAGUGCCCUCACCAUCCAGUUUUUCCAGAAGAUCUUUGUGCCUGACUACGACCCCACCAUCGAAGACUCCUACCUGAAACACACAGAGAUUGACAAUCAAUGGGCCAUCUUGGACGUCCUGGACACAGCUGGGCAGGAGGAGUUCAGUGCCAUGCGGGAGCAGUACAUGCGCACAGGGGACGGCUUCCUCAUCGUCUACUCCGUCACCGACAAGGCCAGCUUCGAGCACGUGGACCGCUUCCACCAGCUCAUCCUGCGCGUCAAGGACAGGGAGUCAUUCCCGAUGAUCCUUGUGGCCAACAAGGUCGAUUUGAUGCAUUUGAGGAAAAUCACCAGGGAGCAAGGAAAAGAAAUGGCGACCAAACACAAUAUUUCGUACAUAGAAACCAGUGCCAAGGACCCACCGCUCAACGUGGACAAAGCCUUCCAUGACCUGGUUAGAGUAAUUAGGCAACAGAUUCCUGAGAAAAGCCAGAAGAAGAAGAAGAAGACCAAAUGGCGAGGGGACCGGGCCACUGGCACCCACAAACUCCAGUGUGUGAUAUUGUGAUAGGCCUGAGGCCCUGGGCACAGUGACCACAAACUGGCCAGCCCUUGGGACCCCUCUACUGCCUAACCUCACUGAAAACCAUUUCUAACCAUGACCCUUGAACCGAGGACUUGGCACAGGAAGGAAGAAGGGGGGGGUGGGCAGGGAGGAGAUUGGGUUCGGCUUCACCGAAAGGGCACAAGGAAGACACGGGGAAGCACCGCUGCACCAGAGCAGCACCCCAGCCUCUCGUGCUGAUUGAGCCCGGUUCCUCCCCACCCCUUGGUGGCUGCGUUGUUUCUUUGAACUGCGAUGUGCUAGUUUGAAGUGGAAGUCUUAAUCUACCACAUACAGAGUGCAAAACAAGCCAUGACCCAACUCCCCCCUUGUCUUCAGUCCACGGUGUCUGACAUUGGGUAUCUUUUGUAGAUUUUUAAAUUAUUUUAAUGAGUAUUAUUGUAUCAAGGGGGUCUGUGUCCACUGCCUGGUAAAGUUUCAAGUCUUUAGCAGAUCUCUCUGAUAACAUGUCUGGAAUAGUGUGGCGGUUUUUUGUUUGUUUGUUUUUAACUGAGUUUUCCCAGCAGUGCCAAACUCAACUCAGUAUGAAAGUGCAGUGACUGAGAGACUGGAAGUUAAUGGGACUGAAGCUGGAGGCCCCAGGAGAAACAGACCCUGCUCAUGGCCUAUAAACUGGAGAGAUGAGAGAUGUGUUUACCCGCAGGGCUUUACCGCAGAUGCUAGGAGACAAUUUUAUUGUGCUGAGGGGAGAGGCUGGCACGAGCUUGUCCGUUCUAAAGCGGAGCUUUGUUAUCCUGGAAAAGUAUAAACUAAAGUAAGCAGAUCUGCCCAUAUGUUCCUCCUUUUUCAGUCAGCGUGGGUUCACUUCUGUUCUCCCCGGCGGGGACAGGGCUUCCUCACCCCGCCCGCGCUGCCGGGGCCUCUCCGACACGGACCCACUGACACAGGCCUGUGUGCUGCUCCGCAUCAAAGUAAGCCAACGUGGACGCCAGCCAGGAAAUUCUGGUGCGUGCUGAAUCUUACCCAAAAGUGAUCCAAUACUGUUAUUUCUGAAACAGCACCAAGACCUGAAACCAUUUUCCCUCUGAAUCAACUGACGACCACUUCUUAAACCCAGUAUGUAACAGCCCCCUUUAAGCCUUUGCACACUUAGCACGAGGCUGCCUUUGGGGCACCUACUUUGCUUAACCCCUCGGAUCUUAACUGUAAUACAUGAGCAGAGUAGAAAGGAAGGUUGAGAUGAUGCUAUCGCUCUCAUACAUGUUUCUACGAGGGGGCAGUUACCCAACUCCCUGAUGAUGUCCACCUCCCCCUCAG